CGGGACAGGGAGCUGCCGGGAUGGAGAGGACCGGGGAGCGGAGCGGAGGGACCAGCAUGUUUGAGGAUGAAAGCGCAAGACUCCGACACCUCAAGCUGGAAAACCAGAGGACACUCCUGGAGCAAAAGCAGCGGAAGAAGAGGCAGGAAAUCCUUAUGGUACAAUCAAACCGCGACACGAGGCAGCGGCGGCCCAAGUCCGGGAAAUGCGAGGAGCAGGCUCCCCUUGUACAGAGCCAAAAACAAAAGUCUGUGAACUGCAACGUCAUCUUGAAUGGUAUUGACGGCCCUGCUGCUUUCCUGAAUUCUGGGUUUCACGAGCUGGACUCCAAGAUUCAGGUUUUGACUGUUGGGGAAAGUUGCACUGAUACAGACUUCAAUGUGGGCACAGGGUGGCCCAGCUGUAAUGAGGGCAGGGCUUCACCUUGUAACAGUGAAAGAAGGGGCACGCCUGUCUCGGAUGAGGAGAACACUCAGCCCUUGAAUAGUAUUGGACGCUCUAAUCUGGAAAAGACUCAGCAGAACUCUAACAGGCAGGAGAUCCUAAGAAAGCCAGAUGUUUCCAAGCGAGACCUCCAAGAGCUGCUACAGGAGAGGGGUAUAUCGGACAGCCUGAACUUUGAUGAAGAUAUCUCGGAUGAUGACGAUGGUGAUGAUGAUGAUGAGGCAUGCAAUGCGAGUACACGUCCUGCUUCAGCUUCUAGCAAAAAGUCUCUUACAGAAACAGGGACAGCAGAGGCCGUUCCCCCGGAUCCUUCCGGAGACAUUGGAGAAAUUGGAGACUUAAAGGAAUUUGCACUGCGCCCUGCUCCCCGCGGGGUUGUCAUUAAAACACGCAUUAGCCGAGAUAAGAAAGGGAUGGACAGAGGCUUGUACCCUACUUACUACAUGCAUCUGGAAAGGGACAACAACCGCAAGGUCUUUCUGCUUGCUGGGCGCAAACGCAAACGAAGCAAAACCUCAAAUUACCUGAUUUCUAUUGAUCCGACUGACCUGUCCCGGGAAGGAGGCAAUUUUAUUGGCAAGCUCCGCUCCAACCUAAUGGGAACCAAGUUCACUAUUUACGACAAUGGCGAGAGCCCCGCGAAGGUUCAGGGACAAAUGUCCAACCCCACGACCCGCCAAGAGAUGGCUGCAGUUUGCUAUGAGACCAAUGUCCUUGGAUUUAAGGGUCCCCGGAAAAUGACUGUCCUGAUUCCCGGAAUGAAUCUCAAUCACGAGCGCAUCCCCUUCCAGCCACAGAACGAUUCGGAGAGUCUCCUGUCCAGAUGGGGGAACAAAUGCCAGGAGAACAUCAUCGAACUGCACAACAAAGCUCCGGUGUGGAACGACGACACCCAGUCCUACGUACUCAAUUUCCACGGGCGAGUCACCCACGCGUCGGUCAAGAACUUCCAGAUCGUGCACGACAAUGACCCCGACUACAUCGUCAUGCAGUUUGGCCGGGUGGCAGAAGACUUCUUCACGCUUGAUUACAGUUACCCGCUGUGCGCUUUGCAGGCCUUCUCUGUUGCCCUGUCCAGCUUUGACAGCAAGCUUGCAUGUGAGUGAGAGGCCGGCGCCAGCACCUUCAGACCCAAACUCUGCGCUCUCUCUCUUCUUUCAGUGCCGGUCCUUUUCCUUCUGCCAACUGUCCCAAGGCUGAGCCUUCCCCAGAUUGGGGUGCCCGUACUGACACAUACUGUCCAUUGACUGACUGUGGGACAGAAGAAGCUGUUAUGCCUUAAUGUUCUAUUACCCCCCUAACCAGUUUGUUUUAUAGGGUUUUGCUGCUCUCUCUAUCCAAAGUGUCCUUUGGUGUCUCCUUUUGCUAUUGUACAAUGAAUACAACACAGUGAUGUGAUGGCCAAGCAUACACUACAUUAUAUUCUGGUUGUGUACACUCUGUAUUGUGAGCAGGACUGGACUUGGAUUCACGUGCCCAGAGGCACAAACAGCCCCCCCAACGGGCCCAAUAUAUAGUGACUGUCUGUGGCACCUUACAGCCCCCCUGGCAUUCCCAGUACCCAGAGGCACAAACAGCCCCCCCCCAGCCCAAUAAAUAGUGACUGUCUGUGGCACCUUACAGCCCCCCUGGCAUUCCCAGUACCCAGAGGAACAAACACCCCCCCCAGCCCAAUAAAUAGUGACUGUCUGUGGCACCUUAUAGACCCCCUGGCAUUCCCAGUACCCAGAGGCACAAACAGCCCCCCCAGCCCAAUAAAUAGUGACUGUCUGUGGCACCUUACAGCCCCCCUGGCAUUCCCAGUACCCAGAGGCACAAACAGCCCCCCAGCCCAAUAAAUAGUGACUGUCUGUGGCACCUUACAGCCCCCCUGGCAUUCACAGUACCCAGAGACACAAACAGCCCCCCCAGCCCAAUAAAUAGUGACUGUCUGUGGCACCUUACAGCCCCCCUGGCAUUCCCAGUACCCAGAGACACAAACAGCCCCCCCAAGCCCAAUAAAUAGUGACUGUCUGUGGCACCUUACAGCCCCCCUGGCAUUCCCAGUACUCAGAGGCACAAACAGCCCCCCCCAGCCCAAUAAAUAGUGACUGUCUGUGGCACCUUACAGGCCCCCUGGCAUUCCCAGUACCCAGAGGCACAAACAGCCCCCCAAGCCCAAUAAAUAGUGACUGUCUGUGGCACCUUACAGCCCCCCUGGCAUUCCCAGUACCCAGAGGCACAAACAGCCCCCCAAGCCCAAUAAAUAGUGAGUGUCUAUGGAAUCUUACAUCAGCCCCUCUGGUAUUUGUCAGAAUCCACAGAUUAUUGGUACAAACUGAUUGUAGUUAUUGAUAGAGGCCUGAAAUUGUGUAUAGAGCCAACCCUAGGCCGGGUGGGACUGGGCCGCCGGGACACCGGGAAAAAUCCACCUGCAGGAGCCCCGGUGGGCCCUUCACCCCCCAUCCGACCCUGACCCUAGGCCUUCCAAAGAAAUGGUCUCUCCCACCCUGCAUUAUACUGAAUACAGUGCUGGUAUGACCCGUGUCGUAUCCCAUUCUGCUGCUUUUUCUGUGUCGAACCACAAUAUAUUUUAUUUAAAUGAA